GAAUCGAAUCCUUGGCUUUGCCCCGGCAAAAAACAUAAAAUUGCCUCUCAUUCUCUUUCUCUUUCUUUUUCCCACUGACGCUUACGUUUUAAACUAAAUAUACACUUUGAUUCUAUUAAGUAGCUAGAUUUAGAAACAAAAUCUCGUACAUUUGGAUAUUUAUUUACACACGAUUCUAUAAAACGUCAUAAAAUACUGUGGGAAGAGUAAAGAUUUGAGAAUGACGAAUCGAUUAUGCGAAUGGGUUUUGAUAUUAUCGAUUGGAUUUGGUGUUUUUGGGAAUUUAGUGGGUGGAUAUGAGUUUGAUGAAACUGAAUACCAUUUCAAUACGACUGAAACUCUUUCAUUAUUAGAAGCCUCUUCAGCCGCCGCCGCCGCUCCUAAACCGCUGCUUGUCGGCCUCACUCUCAUUCCCGGAGCUGCUGCUAAAGGCGCCGUAUGUUUGGAUGGAACAUUACCUGGGUAUCAUUUGCACCGUGGAUUUGAAUCUGGAUCGAACAGUUGGCUCAUUCAAUUGGAGGGUGGAGGAUGGUGUAACACUAUUAGAUCGUGUGUUUACCGAAAAACAACAAGACGUGGAUCCUCAAAUCGUUUUGAAAAACAAUUGGCCUUCACUGGAAUUCUUAGCAAUAAGGCUGAAGAAAAUCCAGAUUUUUUCAAUUGGAAUCGAGUAAAGGUCCGUUAUUGUGAUGGUGCUUCUUUUGCUGGCGAUUCAGAAGACAAGGCUAAUGACCUGCAAUUUAGAGGGCAAAAAAUUUGGUUGGCAGCAAUGGAAGAAUUGAUGUCACAGGGGAUGAGGAAUGCCGAUCAAGCGCUUCUUUCUGGGUGCUCGGCUGGUGGUUUGGCAUCUAUUUUACAUUGUGACGAGUUCCAUUCUUUAUUCUCUGGAAGCACUAAAGUCAAGUGUCUGGCUGAUGCCGGGAUGUUCAUGGACGCAGUUGAUGUAUCGGGGGGACAUACACUAAGGAACAUGUAUGAAGGUGUUGUUACCUUACAGGGCGUUGCUAAAAACUUGUCACCGACUUGCCUCAACCAACUCAAUCCGACUUCGUGUUUCUUCCCUCAGCACGUGGUUCCGAAUAUCAAGACACCUAUGUUUAUUCUCAAUGCGGCCUAUGAUUCUUGGCAGGUUCUCUCCAGUUUAUCAGCUCCAUCAGCUGAUCCAAGUGGUGUUUGGAAGGCGUGUCAAAAGAACCCUGGAAACUGUUCACCUUCUCACAUGAAUUACCUUCAAGAUUUCAGAAACCAGAUGCUGGAUGCACUUAAAGGCUUCUCAAAGUCCACACAAAAUGGAUUGUUUGUAAAUUCAUGUUUUGCUCAUUGCCAGACAGAAAGGCAAGAUACAUGGUUUGCAGAUGAUUCUCCUGUUAUUAACAACAAGGCGAUAGCAUUGGCUGUGGGAGACUGGUUUUUUGAUCGAUCAAGUGUGAAGGAAACAGACUGCCCGUAUCCAUGUGACAAAAGUUGUCACAAUCUUCUAUUUAGAUGAUAAUUCCAGAAUCUAGAUGGAUGUCUUUAUUUGUUAUUUGUUCAAGAUUUAUGCUAUGAAAUUAUGAAUGAAGAUGAAGAACAACCUGAGACAUGAAUAAACUACAAUCCCUACUUUAUGGCAAAGAAGAAGUGGGAGGUGUUAUUAUAUAUUCCAAUAUUUGUAUUGUGAGAGUAAUGCAUUAUGCAAAGCAUAUCAUUGAUUAUUGACUUCUUGUUAUUAUAUAUGGUACUCUUUAUAUGGUAUUGUCUUUCGUUUUCAUUCUGUUCAAUGACUUUGGGAAACUGUUAUAAAAAGAUUGACCAGAUUUCUUGAUAAUGUCAUUGUAUUUGCAUGAGA